GGGGUGGCUGUGUGGCGCAGGCUGUGAGAUUGCACUGCGGAUGCAUUUCAUUUGGAAGGUGGGCCGACACAGACAAUACGGAGGGUCUACGGAGUGCGUUGGCCCGUUUACGCAGCAGAACGGGCCCCACAGCUCCCACACAACAACCCACACCGCCCACCUCUCCCCUGCCCAACAACAGCAACACCAACAACGUCAACUCCAGCAGCAGCUACAGCAGCAGCUACAGAUACACCAAUCCAACAGCAGCAGCAGCCAAUUCCUCCUCGUCAUCGCCCACAAACUCAGCUGCUGGUGUCUUGCCGCAUUCUAACGCGGUUCUGGCAUCAAAGUCAACGGCAGCAGCAGCAGCAGCAACAGCAACGGCAACGGGACAGGCAAGGGCACGCGAAGGAGGUGCUGGUGCUGGUGUUGUAACGGGAACUGGAACGGGAACGGGAACUGGAACCGCAGCAGCUAGAACAGGAGCCAGAACAGGAGCUGCUCCUACGACAGAUGGCAACCGCAUCAAUGGCAUCGUGCAGAAUCCUGACCGCUAUGUGCCCGGCUCUCCCAUCUUUCGCGACAGCAGUCCAGCGCGCGCCGCCACCUCAGCCUCGGGGGCGCCUAUAACAGCUGCACCAGCCCCAGCCACGUCCAGGAGGAGCUCCAAAGCCAUGACGGCGUCUGUAACAAAUGCAGCACAGGGAAGCAGCAGCAGAGGCAGCAGCAUCAACACCAACAAUUCCAUUGCCAGCAAAUCCCGACCGCCCGCCUGCUACAUGAGCACACGAUCCGCUGCCAUGAUGGCGCUGGCACUGGGCCAAACAUCCUCCAGUGGCAGCUCCAACGUCCAACGCUCCUCCACGCCCGUCCACACCCAAAGCGCCGCCAGUCCGAACGCUUCGCCGCGUCCCAGCCACAGGAACGUGCCGUCUGUCGUCGCUUCACCCACCAGCGAUGCGUCCCGGUCGAAGCCAUCAACACCAACGGCCACGCGGGCAGCAGUCGUGGCAGCGCUGAAUGGUGGUGGGAUCUUCUCGGGCGGCAGCAACUCCAGCGGCUCGGACAAUGAUGGCUUCAGCACUUCGGGCUCAUCAACGGCCACGGCGCUGCGGCGGCUGUACUUUAAGAGCGGUCGCAGCAUCAAGAACAAGAUUAACGCCUCGACAACAUCCUCGUCGGCGACGCCACUGAACGGCCUGCCGCUGAAUCCCGUGUCCAGCGCCUACCACAAUUCCGUGAGUGGAAUGCACAGCAUGGCCGUGGCAGGUGGUGGAGUGCCCAAGCUGGUUGUAAUGGGCACAUCGUCAGCCUCCAUACCGGACACCAACAUCAACACAUCCACGGACUCGGCCUCCACGCUCAUCACGAACGUCACCCACACGGACACCUCGGAGACGUGCGAUUCUUUGGACUUGGGCGACAACUCGGGUCCCAGCGAGCCGCUAUUCAGUUCACUGGAGGAGCCGCUGCUCACCGCCAUUCAAAUCGACUCUGAGCACGAGACGAGCGGCAGCUGUGGACGCGGCAGCGGCGGCGGCGUUGGCACUGAACUGGAACUAACGAGCUGCUCACGCUAUCCGCCCAGGCCCGACAUGAAUCUGCAGGACAGCACGGAGAGCCAGGAAUCCUGUUUAUCCAUAUUGACGGCUGAGCAGUCGUCCACCACUCCACUGCUCUCGUCACAGCGACGCCAACCGGCUGGUGGCCAUUCGCCUGGGAGCCGCAGGGAGGAGCGACAGCCGAGCAGCCGUAGGGAGCCCAGCACGGCGCCACCGCCGACACGAGUGCGGGACCACUUCACCUUCGAUCCCCGCUGUCACCCAAGUCGGCGCGCAGCAGCGAAAAGGCUCGCAGUCAUUUCACAUUCAAGGACGAGCCCCAGGCGCAGGCAGAGCCGCGGCGUGGCUACAACUCGUACUACGCGGGGCCAGCUAAUGGAGGAGGAGCAGCAGCAGGCAAGGGAGCAGAGGGAGUACCCAGUGCUGGUGGGGGACGCACCGUGCCCGCCAGCGAGGGCGAUGGCGAUGAGGAGGAUGACGAACGGGGCAGCGGGGCAAGUGCCGCCGGCAAUCGGAACAAGAAGCUGCGUCCCAGGGAGCGUGACCCAAAUGCAAAUGACGCCUCUCGCACAUACAUAUCGCCCGGAGUAUCGCCAUCGAACAGCCGGCGCAACAGCCCCAAGCGGGAGAAGAAGCGAACGACACCCUCCGCCUCGACGGGGGCCAUAGCCAAGGUCAGCUCGGCGCCGCCCACCAUGAAGGAUGGCCAUUUUUUCAGCUCUUCCGGCAAGCAACGGCAGACUCCCCAGCAGCUGUCGCCCUCAGCCACGGUGAGUGCCGCCCAGCAGCGAAAAUACUCCUCGAGCUCGUCC